AUGAAUUCCACGGCCAGUCAGCACCACGAACGUCAGAGUAGUUACCAGCAACACCUUAGUAAUACGAUGACCCGCGAGCACAGCUCUUCGAGUAAUACUAACAGUGCGGGUGCAGGUAACAACUCUAGGGGAAGCAACAACACGAGUGGAGGAGGGAAACAGAACCACAUGAACAGUAAUAAAGAUCACGCGCCAACAACAUCUUCAACAAGUGCAAAAGGCGGCUCAAUGACAUUGUCAUCGACUGG